CCUCUCACUCGCACUCAGUUUUCCAUGCAGGGACUGAGGAUUGCAAUGGAGCGGCAGUGCACUUGAGGCUACGCUAGGGGCGGAGUUUGACCUCUCAAAAUUUCAAAACAUCACUAAUCCGCGUUGGACAUUCUGGCACAGGCCAAGCAUCGGUACAGCAUUUUCAGAAAAAACAAAAAAACAAAAAAACAAAAAAAAAAGGAGGGAGAGAAAUUUCGUUUCCUACACGGUCGGUACCACACCGAGGCUGGGGAAGGAGGAGUUGAGAAUGCUGCACGGAUAGUACCGCUACAUUUGCUCCGGAUCCCACAUCUGCAGUGAUUUCUGCCCGGGUUUGUUAUCAGCAUUCCGGGAAAAAGUCUCGGGAUUUGGCGCGUUGACAGCUGGAGCAACCUGCAGACUUCAGUGGAAGAGACCCGACCGCCGCUGUUGGAGCUGCUGUUCAAUGCCCAGUAGCACGUGUCUUAGGCUGCCCUGUGGCUGAUCCUGGACAUGCUUUCCACAAACCGCCGUGGAGGUGCGUGGGGGUGAAAUGGACGGAGUCAGUGGCCACACCCAAGCACCAGCUCCCAUGUUCCAGCAUGUCCGGCUGCAGCAAGUCUCCUGCCAACUCUGGAGAAGCUGCAGGUUCUAACUCCAUGGCAUGGGUGAAGAAGUUCAAAAAAACCGGAGGAGGCCUGAAGAAGUCUUACCAACCUGGGAGCAUGGUGUCCCUCGCGCUAACUAAAGGUCUGCUGAACGAGCCCGGCCAGAACAGCUGCUUCCUCAACAGCGCUGUUCAGGUGCUUUGGCAGCUGGACAUCUUCAGGAGGAGCUUGAGGCAGCUUUCUGGCCACUUUUGUCUCGGUGAUGCCUGUAUUUUCUGUGCGUUAAAGAGUAUAUUCAACCAGUUCCAGCAGAGCAGAGAGCGAGUCCUGCCCUCUGACAGCCUGCGAAACGCCCUCGCUGAAACCUUUAAGAACGAGCAGCGCUUCCAACUCGGGCUGAUGGAUGACGCUGCUGAGUGCUUUGAGAACAUCCUGGAGCGAAUUCAUUUGCACAUAGUUUCAGACACACCAACCGAUGAGUGCUCAUCCAAGUCCUGCAUCACCCAUCAAAAAUUUGCUAUGAUGCUUUACGAACAGUUUGUGUGCCGUUGUUGUGGUGCAUCUUCAGAUCCACACCCGUUCACAGAGUUUGUUCAUUAUGUAUCGACCACAGCUUUAUGUCAACAGGUUGACCGGACGCUGGGGAAGAACGAGCGUCUCAGGUCAGACAUGUUUGGGGAACUGCUGCAGGCGGCAAACAGCACCGGUGACCUCCGAAGCUGCCCUAGUGACUGUGGUCAGAGCAUCAAAAUCCGCCGUGUCCUCAUGAACUGUCCGGAGAUCGUCACUAUUGGAUUUGUGUGGGACGCCGAGCAGUCUGAUCUUACGGACGAUGUUAUCAGGUCUCUUGGUCCACGUUUAAACUUGUGCGGGCUUUUCAACCGAGUCACUGAUGAAAACGCCAAACGCAGCGAGCUACAUCUGGUGGGGAUGAUCUGUUUCUCCAGCAAACAUUACUCAGCUUUCGCCUAUCACACCAAAUCUUCAAAAUGGAUGUUUUUUGACGAUGCCACUGUAAAGGAGAUUGGAUCCAAAUGGAAGGAUGUUGCUUCAAAAUGUGUCAGGGGACAUUUCCAACCUCUUCUUUUAUUUUACACCAAUCCUGAGGGGAGUCCAGUUUCCAAUGAAGAUGCACCAAGACAAACCACUAUGUGCCCUCAUUACAAAGCCCAAGUAAAUGGAGAUGUGACCAUGAAACAUCCUUUUGGCAGCCCUAACAAAUUUCAGGAUCCCUUCAUGGAGAAUCUACAAAGACCAGUUGAAACAUCAAAAAAGGACAGGGGACAUCGGAGAAUCGAGCCUUCACAACACAGAGACAUGACGCAUACAAAAUCUUCAUCUCCCCCAGAGAAUGUGUCCCGGCCUCCUGUAGAGAAAAUGAAAAACUCUCUGCGCUCUGAGAAGUCACCAAAUCAAAGCAGAGGAUCUCAGGAGCCCCAUGGACAGUCGUGCAGUGCACAGAGUGGGGGACAAAUCAGAAAGACCAAUGUUUCCCCAGGACGCAAUGAGCAGGAGGGCAGCCACAAACACUGGGAAAAAGGAGGCAGUGGGAGCCAAAAUAGGUCCAAAUCAACUUGGAGACCCAUCAGGGAGGUGCUGAAUGUAGACACGGUGCUGAAUGAACUGGAGCAGCGACGGCAGCAGCAGCAGCAGCAGCAGCAGCAGCAGCAGGACAUCCCGCGGUGCAGCAAGCCUUCUUCCCAGGAGAGAGCGCGCACAGAACCAAGCAGAGAGCGCGAACACACAAGAACUAGAGAGGACCGGAAACAGAAGUGCUUAAUGACGAUUUAUGAGGACGAGCAGCGGCAUGAGACAGAGAGCCACAGCUCCGUGGAGUCAGAGAGCAGAGCGGGCCAGCAGAGAGGAAGCCGACUCAAAGCCGUUCCCAAGACUCUGCUGCGCAGCGACACCUGGACCAUUCAGAGGACAGAGUCGGGCUAUGAGAGCAGCGAUCGACUCAGCAGCGGCUCUACCAAUCCCGACUCUCCUGGGGUUGAUGGGUUUGGGCUCAGACCAGAUCAGAGGUUAACACCUGAGAUUCUUCUACAAAGUCAGCUGCAUCAAAGGGAAGCCGAUGCAAAGUCAAGUAUGACAUCAUCUCUUUCCCACAACGGUAAACAUCCCACUAAACCUCAGGGGAACCUCGAUCAAGUUUUACUUUCUCAACUAAAGUGCAGUCCAAGUUCAAGACAGAGAUCAAAACACACAUCAAACACCUCUAGGAAAGCAAAGGGCUCAGAGAAGAGCUCGACCGGUUCAGAGAGUCGGCAGAGUGAGCAUCAGGAGCCGACUACCUACAGAGGGCACGGCGGGGAGAACACAACCCCGAGACACAUCACAAAGACCAGCAGCUCUGAGUGGAACAGCUCAGACGAUCUCGUUCUCUCAGAAUCCGAGGACAGAGAAAGCACUUACUUAUCCAGUAAUAGUGAGGCUGUCACCUCUGACUCCCCGUGCCCUCACAUUGACCUGCCAUACCACCCGCCUAGCGGCGCGUCAGCAGAAACUCAGCUCGGUGCAAAUGGGUCGCCUCACCUUCAACCAAACCCGCAGGCUUCUUCGCUCCACGGCGAAGCGAGCCACGCUGCAUUUCGCCCCCGAAUGCUUCAGGAGCCCUUUCCGUCGAGCCCUCGCCUCUCUCCCUCGUCCUACAUCAGCCCCAAAAGGAGGCCUGACAUUUCGGGCCUCCGAACCUUUUCUGACGCGAGCUCAAAGUCGGGCUCGGACCCAGAGAGGAGCACUCAGUCGUCAUGCGAGAGCGAGGAGAGACUGACGGGGAGCAGAGCGGAUGAGGCGGCACAAGCUCCGGAGGUUUCCCUGACGACGUACUUUAACGUUGACAACUGCAUGACGGAAACGUACCGCCUCAAGUACCACAACCAGAGGCCUCUGGUCCUCUCUGCCACAGUGCCAAGGACAGCUGCUGAGAGUGAGCGCAGAGAUAACAGCCACACACUCCCCAGUGACGCACACUCACAUGACGUGCCAAAAGCCCGACCUGAAACAAGCCAUAAUAGCAAUAAACCCACUGCAAAAUGGAAGCCAGUGACAGCCAAAGGACUGGAUGAACGAGGUUUUUUAUGAGUGUUGACUUGGUAAGUUUUGUUUACAUGGACGGACAGUACGACUGGAUGCCAAAGAGUUUACAGAAUGGAAAAAUGUUCAGAUGCCCCCGACGUCUCCAGACUGGGUGGAAUUUAUUUAUGCAAGCUUGUCACAUAAAUACAACCUACUUCUAAAUGCUGUAGUGUGUUGUUUGACAGAUUAUCAACUAUCGUGUGUAUCUUCCACUGUCCCGUGGUGUUGUUAAGAAAAUGAAAUCUGUUUUCAGUUUGCACAAAGUGUUGUUUAGUUUUUAGUUAUUUUUAUGACACGUCAUGGCAGCUUUAUGUCAUUUAGUUUUAUCGGUGGAGGAGCUCUGCUAAAGUGCUACAGGCUGGACGAAGCUCAAACAGCAGUGAAGGCUAAAUGUUUUCAUACCCUUGGCAUAUUUAGUUUUGAUAUUUUUAAUGAAGAUGUUUGUUGGGAAAUAUGAACGAUAAUACAGUAACAAAUUUAUUUGGAGAAAAAAAAAUUAUUUAUCUGUUAUUACAGGUAAAUUAUUUUUUUCAUGUUCCCACUAGUAUUUUGACAAUUUAUUUCUGGUGUGGAACUCCAAGUCAUGGAGGAUGAAAGGCUUCCUGGCAUCAGUCUGUUCUCUAACUAAAUAUUCUCUUUCAAAUUCAAUAGGUUGGUAAAAUUAAGAGUACUAAAUUUGUUAGGGGUUUAAAAACUCUGGUAUCAACUAGACAAUGGGGAAAAUAUUUGAUCCCCUGGUGAUCUUGUUAGUUUGCUCAUUUGCAAACAAAUGAACAGUCUCUAAUUUAUUUGGUUGUUUGAUUCCAGUGUAGAAGAACAGCAUGUCAACCCGAAAUACAUAGUUACUAACUCAUUGUUUUUCUGCUAAGGGAAGUAAAUGAUUGUUCCUUCAAUAAAUUAGAAUUAAACACUGGGUGGACAAAAGGUUGUUGGCAGUUGUAGCUCUAAGGUAUAUUGUUUAGAUGUCGCAAAGUCCCCACUUGUCUCAAGGGACUCUGACCUGUUUGGUUAUGGAAAAGCUCUUCAGUUCCUGGGGAUCUUGGCUUUUUCUUGGGAAGUCAAAGAUUCAGCUCCCUCCAGAUUUUACUCUAUAACCUGAAUGUAAUUCUUCUUUAGCCACUCCCUUGUUGCCAUUGCUGUAUGUUUUGAGUUAUGUUUUCUGGGCAGCACCGCUGUGCCAUUAUUAGCACUGUUGUCUUGCAGCUACAGCCUGGGGAUUGCAUGGAGUUUGCAUGCAUCUCAUUGCACGUUUUCUGGGUAAUUUGGCUUCCAUCCAAAGUCCAGUGAAAAGCAUGGCAAGUUAAUUGGCCUCCCCCCAUUGCUCUUAGGUGUGUGUGCAUGGUUGUUUGUCCUGUUUGUGUUUUUUGAUGAUCGACUGGUGACCUGUCCAGUGUGUCUCACCAACAUUGACUGCCACCCCCUGCAAUCGAGCAAGGAUUCCAUAGGAAUAAAAGAAUGGAGUUUCUUUAUAAAGACACCCUCCACUCUGUCAUGUCGUCAUUUCUAAGUCUAUGCAACAAAAUACUUCUUAAUGAUGGUCUUGAAGCUCAUUCAGGUCUGCUGUCUUCCUGAUGACCUUCGAGAGCCGUUUGUCCUGUUCCUGGGGAAGGACAGGUUGGUACGGAGCAAUCUGAUUCUACACUCAGGUGUCUUUGAUACACACAAAACAUUUAAAUAGGGAUUAUUGAUAACUGUUAUUGAUUAACUGAUGGAUUUCUGCCAAAUGACCCCACAAUCCAGAAUUCUGCCUUGCAUCUUUUUUUGGAUCAAAAACGUAUUUCCCCCAGUGAUGUGCCAAUCAUUAAUAACAUCUAUAUAAAGGUUUUGGCUAAUAUUCUGUCUCCACAUUAAAAUAAAAUUGCUGUUAAAUUAAAGACUGUUCAUUUAUUUGUCAACAGACUAACAUGAGCAGAAGUGGAUUGAUGUCUAGAGGUAAAGUUAGAGAUUAUCAACAGAUGAUGCUGAAAUCUGUACAAAUAUUCUGCAAAGAGGGACGAAUCUGCGCAUUAAGCAUAUUUUAUCCAAUUGUCAUGUUUUUUUUUUCUGUAGAACAAAUCCUGGUUUAACUCAGCAACACAGCUGUCAACAUAAUCUAGCAGGCAAUUCUUUUUUUUAUUUGUCAGAAUCUGGGCAGCUCACUAACUUUAUGCACACUGGGGAUUUUUUCACUGUCACCAGAUAACAUAUGCUGCAACAGUCACUCAUUGCAAGUUACUGAUUUGUUAUCAUUUAUCUGAUCUUUUGCAACAUUCAAAUGUUAAUGAAUGACUGUUGGCUGCCCCAAAGCAGACGGCCUCCACUGCUGUAAAAAAUGACCAGAGAAGCUUCUGGUUUGGUCUUUAUCUUUAUAUAAAUAAUAAUGAAAAACACUUUUGGUUCACUAAAGUGUAAUUUUGCAUGACUGCCUUCAGUUUGUGGUGAUCUAUAAAGUCAUAUUAGCUUAAGAAUAUGGAGUUCAGUUGCAGGGGCAGCCCUCAGGCUAUUCGGUACAACUUUUCUUUUGUCAUGCUGGUUCUUCUAAUCCAUUUUUCUGUAUUUUUUCUUGUCUUCCUCCUUAAAGAAAUCCAAACAGAUCUAUAUUUGUAGGUAUUUUCAUAAUGUACCGGACACAUCUGACAUCAUUACUAACUCUACGGCUCAACACACUGGUAUUCCUGUUCAGAUCGAACAGUGAUGUUGUCAAACCUGCAUGUGGCCUUUAUAAAACAUACUAGCUGUAUGUGCAGCAUGAGCAUGGAAAUGCUGGACUCUUAUAAGGGAUUCUAUCUAAUUGUAAGGAAUCAAUUUAUUAAAUAGCAGUUUGUAACCAUAUCUGAUCUGGGAAGUUGAAUGGUUUUUGUUUUUGUUUUUUUUUCCUCUUUUUUUUUUCCUCCUCUUGCUCGCACAACAAUACAGUCUGUUGUUUAUGCAUUUGGAAACAGUUUGCUGGAAACCUACUGACUGACCAGGACAAUAUGCAUUCACCAAAAAGUAUUUUCAAAUGAGUCCCAAUGCACAUGUGGGUGUUUUACAUCUGUGUAAUGUGUUCAUUCUCAACAUUUCCAAGAAAAUCUAUGUUGUUCUACUUCCAGAUAAAUAUAUCUACAGAUACAUAUCUUUUAUGCUCAUCACAGUGUAUGGUCUUUUCCUGCACAUUGUGUCAUUUAUGUUUUCCUUUAUUUGCUUUUAUCUGUUCUUGGUAACCUUUGUUCAGGUUGUUUGCUCCAUGAGCUCAUUGAAGCAGUAAACCUGUGUGUGUGUGUGUGUGUGUGUGUGUAAUGUUUAUGCUGUCAAAUACUAAAUGAUAGCAGAUUCAUUGUGGGACCUUAGUCAUUUUAGCAAAAAUAUUUCCGAUUUUCUUUUUUAUUGUUCAGAAUCGGAUUCAAAGAAAACAGCUUUGGUUGCAACCUUUUGCACUGCAAAACAUUAAAAAGUGAAAUUUCACUGGCUUUGAACUAACAGGUUACUUAUUAUGCUGCAGUUAUAAUCAAUUAUAGUAAUAAUGUCUUUUUAAUUGAUUUACUGCACAAAGAAUUGAUUGUUUAUUGGACAAGUUCAAACUAAACCCAGAUAGUUGUCAGAGUACAUAGACGUUUUCCUUUUUUCCAUCUCUUUUAUUUUUUUCUUGUUCUGCUUUACAUUCUGAAUGUUGCGUCUUUUGUUGUAUCAGCUGUGCCUUGACAUCUUCAGUGCAAUAUGUCUGUUUUCCUCGUCUCUGUUCAAAUAAACCACUUUUAGGAAAUAACGCAGAUAAAUGAACAGACACAUUUCAAUCUACGGUGUGUUGCAAAAGUAUUUCUACCCGUUUAGCCUUUUGCUAAUUUUGUUGCAUUGCAACCAGAAGCUCAAAUGUACUUUAUUGCCAUUGCAGCUGCAAGCAUUUUGGGGAAAAUCUCUGACGGACUUACACUUCUCUGUGUAGGUAGUUCAAGUUCAGAUUAAAGAAGAAAACAUAUAAGCUGAUUUUUAAAUCUACCCACAGAUCCUCUAUGGCUCCAAGUUUUGAUCUUUUUUUAAAGAUUACUGUCUUGGAUUGUAAAGGUUGCUGACACAUGUUUAAGGUGGACCUCCACCUAAUGAUGCACUAUCUGCAAGAUGUUCAAAACCAGGAUAUUAUUUAAUCACCAAUUCUUCUUUAAACUUCUUCACAACUUUCUCAAUGACUCGUGUGCCGUGUUCCUUGGUUUUCAUGAUGCUUUUUGUUUUUUAAGGCUCUCUAACAAAUCUCUGAGGCCUUCACAGAACAACUGUACUGGAUUUUACUUAAGACUGAAAAUCGCAUUUUUACAUUUAUGUCAAUAACGUUUUUUUUUUUUGUCUUCUGCACAGUUAUGCACUACUUUGUGUUGGUCUGUGUCAUAAAAUCCAAAUGAAAUACAAUAAAGUUUCAGGCCGUAAUGUGACAGAAUGUAAAAGGUUCGACGCAAACAGGACAAUUACAUUUUGUUGUAUGGAAACAAUUUUUAAAAGCACUUUUAUUCUGGAUGGCUACAGUCCUGACAGCAACUAGCAAAAUCACAACGUUGACAAAGUUCGUUAACUCUAAGAGUGCAGAGAAGAAAUCUGCAGCACCCACCUCAUUUCAAAGGUUGCUGCUAAAUCCUAAUGGAUAGUAAAUGCAUUUUGUUUCUUACAGUUUAAUCAAGUUAUUGUAAUUGUAUGGUGCGUCUUGUACUCAUGGUCUGUAGUCUUCAGUUGAAGACUUCACAUGGCGGUCUCCUCCUGAGUCCCAUACAGCCUGAACCAGUCCAAGAUUGUUUGAGAUCCUAAGCAGGAUUUGAUUAUCAAGCCAGAAUUCACCUUAUUAUAUUUCUUUAACUAUACAUGUUACAUAAACUGUGAAGACGAGGUUAUUUAUCCCACUAAUCGACUCUGUCAUGUCUGGAGCACAAAGUUUCAGUGUUUUCUAAUGAUUAGUUCCGUUUCACAUGAAACGUGAUUCCUGCGACAAUAUAGUGUGGUUAUAAGUAAUGAUCAUUUUCUGCUGCAUGCAUAAUAAUUCAAUUUGCCGGUUCUUUCCGACGUAUAAAAAUUAAAUUUAAAUUUGAUACGCAUUAACCUUUGAUAUAAAAUUAUUUUGAAGCAGGCUCUUUAUUGACAAAUGUAGCUAAAAAUGUUAAGUUUGUGCGGGAAGUCAAGUCCUGCAGAGGAAACCGGGGGAGCUCUCUAUACAUUGACAGAUGGUGUUACUGUAAAACAUCUUUUAUCCUGUGUUUUAAACACACAGAGGCAUAAUCUAAUUACCGUUUAGCAUCAACAUCAACAAUCGAGGGCUAAAGAGGACAUUUUCCACAGCUCUUAUCCGAUCUUGUCCAGGCUUUUGUGUCCACUGGUGUUAGUCAUCAGAUAACAUGCAAGAGUUUCACUGGAUCUCCCUUCACGCCUCUGUGCGGUCGUCUCCAUUAAGCUGUUGAUAAUCCACUGCAUGCUCUCUGACAUGUCCAGUUGCAGAUUCAUUUGAAAAAUGCUAUUGUUAAAUCUGUCUACACUUUCUACUUUUGGAGAUAAUAUAUCUUUAUUUUUACUUAUUGUUGAAUAAAGUUUUAAUUACCGCACCA